GCUCCUCUUUCAAACCCGCUGCCAUCUCAGUGGUAGAAAUGUUGGAGUUGGGGAGGGUCGACUUUGAGGUGACAUUGACGCUAUGUAGAUGAGAGUGAGGAUCCUGCGCUCCAUGUUACGUCCCUGCUCGUUUCAACUCAGACGGCGGCAGCUCCUUUCCCCGUCUUCUUCUCUCUCCCCUCCUCUCUUUCAGCACCACUCCUUUCAGGACAGCACCUCGCGCUCAAAGACGCAUUUGCUCGCCGUCCUGCCCUCUCAGGAUCAUAUACUUGCUCGCGGUGGUCGGAUGCAAAGUUCCCACCUUGGUUUUAGUCUGUGAAAGUGCGAGGAAGUAACUUUUUUUGAAAUUCGGAUUUUCCCAUCGGGGAGACAAUCUGGAAAAUAGAAGGAUUUUAUUGGUCGCUGGACCGCUGCUGAGCUGCUCCUGAUCUCUCAUCACUCCGAUUAUUUGUCUCUCCUCGGCUGUUAUCUGGGAGUUGGGUGCACAGGACGGAGAAGCUGCUGUUUGCCUGGGCCGGUGCUGAAACCCCCUCCUCUCCACUGGUCCGGACUAUCCGACACGCGCAGUGACCAUGGCCACCAACGGGACCAAAGCCUCGGACGGACACGUCUUAACGGAGACAGUGAAUGACGCGCCAACGACCACGCCAAACGACAAACCCAAAACCUUAGUGGUGAAAGUGCAGAAUACGAAAAAUGAGAUACCCGAGAGAGAAACGUGGGGUGGGAAAUUUGACUUUCUUCUCUCUUGUGUCGGAUACGCAAUCGGACUCGGAAAUGUCUGGAGAUUUCCUUAUCUAUGUGGAAAAAACGGAGGAGGGGCCUUCUUGAUUCCUUACUUUUUGACCCUCAUAUUUGCUGGCAUGCCCCUGUUCUUUCUGGAGACGGCUCUUGGUCAGUACACUUCCAUUGGAGGGCUUGGAGUGUGGAAGCUGGCCCCUAUGUUUAAAGGUGUGGGUCUGGCUGCUGCUGUUUUGUCCUUCUGGUUAAAUAUCUAUUACAUUGUAAUCAUUUCCUGGGCUCUUUACUAUCUGUACAACUCCUUCACUUCUGACCUGCCAUGGCAGACUUGUGGCAAUCCCUGGAACACAGAUCGCUGCUACACCAACUACAGCAUUACAGACACCAGGAACCUCACCAGCGCUGUUGUGGAGUUCUGGGAACGUAACAUGCACCAGCUGACCGAUGGCCUGGAGAAGCCUGGGGAGGUCAGGAUCCCACUAGCUAUCACACUCGCCAUUGCAUGGGUGCUCGUCUAUUUCUGCAUCUGGAAGGGGGUCAGCUGGACUGGCAAAGUGGUGUACUUCUCAGCCACGUACCCUUACUUUAUGCUGUUCAUCCUGUUUUGCCGUGGCAUCACUCUGCCCGGCGCAUUCGAUGGAAUCCUCUUCUAUAUCACACCAGACUUUGAGAAGCUGAAGGAGUCUGAGGUGUGGCUGGAUGCUGCCACUCAGAUCUUCUUUUCCUACGGGCUGGGAUUAGGCUCUCUAAUUGCUCUUGGCAGCUACAAUCCCUUCAACAACAACGUAUACAGAGAUUCUGUCAUUGUCUGCUGCAUCAACUCCUUCACCAGCAUGUUCGCUGGCUUUGUCAUCUUCUCCAUCGUGGGAUUCAUGUCCAAUGUAACAAAGAGACCCAUCGCUGAUGUGGCAGCCUCAGGACCUGGCCUUGCAUUUUUGGCUUAUCCUGAGGCCGUGACCCAGCUGCCCAUUUCUCCUCUCUGGGCCAUACUCUUCUUCUCCAUGUUGCUGAUGCUGGGAAUUGACAGCCAGUUCUGCACUGUGGAAGGCUUCAUCACUGCACUGGUUGAUGAAUUCCCUCACAUUCUCCGAAAACGCAGAGAGAUCUUCAUUGCAGUCGUCUGCCUUGUUUCUUACAUCAUCGGACUGUCCAACAUCACACAGGGUGGACUGUAUGUGUUCAAGCUAUUUGACUACUACUCAGCUAGUGGCAUGUGCCUGCUCUUCCUGGUCUUCUUUGAGUGCAUCUCAAUUUCAUGGUUUUAUGGUGUGAACAAAUUCUACGAGAACAUUGAGGAAAUGAUUGGCCACAAGCCCUGUCUGUGGUGGAAGGCCUGCUGGGUCGUUUUCACUCCGCUCAUUGUGGCUGGAGUCUUCUUGUUCAGUGCAGUGCAGAUGGUUCCCCUCACCAUGGGUGAUUACGUGUUCCCAGCCUGGGGCCAGGGCGUCGGGUGGUGCAUGGCCCUCUCCUCCAUGACCCUUAUCCCUGGUUACAUGGGCUACAUGUUCCUCACACUUAAGGGCACAUACAAAGAGCGUCUGCGGCAGAUGAUCAAGCCUUUGCAACUGGUGAGGGCUCAGGAAAAUGGCCCGGAUCAGCAGACAGAGAACCAGAAUCAGAACCCUGCCAACGAGGAAGCCUACAUCUAGAAACUUCUGCUUGCCUCUCUCGAUGUCUCUGUCUCGAUGGCCAGACUGGCAAUCUACGCUGAAAAAAAACAUAAUCAAGGUUGGGAACGACCACCAGACUUCCAUGUCUGCUUUUAUUCACCUACCUCCUGGGGACACGUGAGACCAACCUGAUUACAUUGUUAUUUUUAGGGGUUUUUCUGUUUGUUUAUUUGUAUAAUACAGAGUUAUAAAAACAUAUGAGGAGAAAACAAACUACCCAGCAAAAUUGUUGUGAUAUUAUGAAUUUCAUUAUGCAAAAAAAGUUAGUCUUUUUAGAAAAGGAAAUGUGACUUAGGAAAUUACUGUAUAUUGAAUAUAUAAUUUAAAUUUGGA